GCGCUGAUCCAAGUCUUGGAUUUUUGGCACCGAAAAUAGUCCGGCGGCGCGCAGAGAGAACGCGAGGGCGCAGUGCGUGUCGCUCCGCCGUGUGAACAGCUCGUGAGGCCAGUAGCUGGCGUAUAUUUCAUCGGGACCGUAAAGAAAGAACAAAACCGCCACCAUGGACGCGAUCAAGAAGAAGAUGCAAGCGAUGAAGCUGGAGAAGGACAAUGCCAUGGACAAGGCGGAUACCUGCGAACAACAGGCCAGGGAUGCCAACCUCCGCGCAGAGAAGGUGAACGAGGAAGUCCGUGAGCUCCAGAAGAAGCUCGCCCAGGUAGAGGAGGACCUGAUCCUGAACAAGAACAAGCUGGAGCAGGCGAACAAGGACCUGGAAGAGAAGGAGAAGCAGCUGGCCGCCACUGAGGCGGAGGUCGCCUCGCUCAACAGGAAGGUGCAGCAGAUUGAGGAGGACCUCGAGAAAUCCGAGGAGCGCUCCGGCACCGCCCAGCAGAAACUGCUCGAGGCACAGCAGGCUGCUGACGAGAACAACCGCAUGUGCAAGGUAUUGGAGAACAGGGCGCAACAGGAUGAGGAGCGCAUGGACCAGCUCACCAACCAGCUGAAGGAAGCGCGUCUUCUCGCUGAGGACGCUGACGGCAAGUCUGACGAGGUAUCUCGUAAGCUGGCGUUCGUUGAAGACGAGUUGGAAGUGGCUGAGGACCGCGUCAAGUCCGGUGACGCUAAGAUCUCAGAACUUGAGGAGGAAUUAAAGGUUGUAGGUAACUCCCUCAAAUCACUGGAAGUAUCAGAAGAGAAGGCCAACCAGCGCGUAGAAGAAUUCAAGAAGCAGCUGAAGACCCUCACCUCGAAACUGAAGGAAGCAGAAGCCCGUGCUGAAUACGCAGAGAAGACCGUCAAGAAGUUACAGAAGGAAGUCGACAGGCUCGAAGACAUGUUGUUCAACGAAAAGGAGAAAUACAAGGCGAUAUGCGAUGACUUGGAUGGCACAUUCGCCGAGCUCACAGGAUACUAACGACCCUUUAGCACUUAGUUUAAGACAUCGUUACUAAGAUUUCAACCUUUAUAUUGUCCUCAUAAAAAAUACAUCUACCCAAAGAUCUUACAUACCUCCGGAUAUAUAAUCUGUGGCUCUGAAUUUAAUUCGUUUAAAUUAUCUAUUGUUUACUGAAAAAUAACACAUUAUUCCGUGUAAUUAUGUGCAAUUCUGCGUAAUAAUGUGUAAUUCUGCGUAAUUAUGUGCAAUUCUGCGUAAUUAUGUGUAUUCCGCGUGAUUAUGUGUAUUUCUGCGUACUUCCGAAGAGGUACGAAUUAAAAAUUUGUUUCCCGUGUAAAAAAUCGUUCUUGUAAUUUAA